GAAUCUCUAAGAUAAUAUCAUUUACCAUUGUGAUCUGUGCAAAGGAUGGGCGAGUGAAGUGUUAAGCAGGCUCACGCGGUCGCGUAAAGCACCUCUUGUGUUCAGAGCAGAGACCCCACACUGCGUCUAGACGUACGUCGACCGAAAGUCGAGGUACCGUGCCGUUGUAGACUCGCUUUCCACGCCGCUUCAACACUUGCGAAGCAAACACAUUUUGAACAAUCGGCACUCGCCAACCUUGAAGACCCCCGAAUUGCUAAAGACACGCGACCCGACGAAAUGACGGAGAAAGCCCCGACCGAGGCGCAGAUCGCGCAUCAGCAACUCAUCGAGAAGCUCGACAUCCACUCCGUGCACAAGAACUUCCGUAACCCCAAUUGGCGUCCCAACCAACGCCGCAACAAGAACCUCAAGGCCAUUGUGGGAGACGCCACACGACGCGAGGCCUCUGCUCUGGUCACGCCCAACGAACAGUCGGGCGUCGCCUCUCCAUCCAGAGGCGGUAACCAAGAUGACGGCUUGUCGACGAGCGGAACAUCGACGCCAGCCACAAACAACAGCAACGGCAAUGGGAAUGGGCCAAACUUGGCGCAAGCAUCACGGAGCUUGUCGAAGCUGGUGCUGGAGAAGACCCUGAAGACGCAGCCCGGCGCGACACCAGGGACCGUCAUGACGGCACCGACGGCCACUUACACAAACAUUGAGUCGGCGCCCUCGCUGGCGCACUCCAAGAGAUACUGCGACAUCACAGGGCUACCGGCUCCAUACCUCGACCCCAAGUCGAGACUACGAUAUCACAACAAGGAGGUCUUCGGGAUGGUACGGUCGAUACCCCAGACUACGGCGGAGCAGUUCCUCGAAGCACGCGGCGCGCACGUCGUGCUCAAGUGAACGGCGGUAGACAUACGACAUCACUUCAUACGCGGGACCAGGAUGACGGCACGAGCAAAGAUACAAAGACGGAAUGUCCGAACCUCAAAGUCAAGCCCCGACUAUGCACCCUCGGCCUUUCGGCCAAGGGAUGACAGUUGGCGCUCCGGCUUAAUCGGGAUCGAGUGCUGUUCUCUGCCAGAAAGAAGCGACAUAGUACCGAGACUGUAUGGGGGAAACAAUCUCAGUUACCAGAGCAGAGCUCUGGCCGCCGCGGCAGGGUUGCGAGUGGCCAGCCAACAUGGGCGCCAUAGAUACACUAGGUACAAUGAAUGCAGACGAGGCAAGCAUCCAGUCGCCGAUCCAGGUGUGUGAUCUUGUGAUCUAGAGUU